AUGGAUUACUUAUCUUUCUGCCGUGGUGUACUGAUUGGCGGGUUGAUGGGAGAUUGUUAUGGAUUCGUGUACGAAGGCAAGCCGGCAGUAAAGUUCACCAUUCCUUUAGAACUACUGCAAAGGUCAAUCAAUGGCUUUGAUACUGAACAGUUAAUGUACAGUGAUGAUACACAAAUGAGUCUUGCGAUUCUACGGUCAUUAAGGGCUAGAAAUAGUUUCGAUGCAGAACAUUUGGCUAAAGAGUUCACUACUGACUUCUUUGAAAAUGGAUUACAUAGGUGCUAUGGCGGUUCUGUUGGACGCAUUUUUUCCUCACUUAGGAUGGCAAACUAUAAAGAUCCCUAUGCUCACGCUGCUGAUUUGUUUAAUGGGACAGGAUCAUAUGGUAACGGCGGAGCCAUGAGAAUCGCACCUGCAGCGCUAUAUGGAUUACGAUGUUCUAAACGUGAAUUUGAGGAAAUGAUUAUUGAUGUUACUCGGUUAACUCAUACCAAUCCACUGGCUAUAUGUGGAGCACUUAUACAAGCGUAUGCUAUACAAAUUAUUUUCUCUUUAAUACAUGAUCAUAUACAACUGGAUUAUGUAACUUUCAUCGAUAACUUAUUAGAAAGACUAGAGAAAACAGAAUAUUUUGUAAAUUUCAGGCAACCCAAUUGGUUAGAAGCACUUGAUGCUUAUAAAGAAAAAUUACAAAUAGUUAAAUAUCUCUUGAUAGACGAUAAACAACCAUCAGUUACAAAUAUUGUCGAUCAAUUGGGUAAUGAUUUAAAAGCCAUCAACUCUGUUCCAACCGCAUUAUAUGUAUUUCUGCGCAGUUUAAAACCUAUAGACGGAAUCGAGUUUAAUUCACCUCCUCUACGUUGUAUUGUCUUAUCGAUCGGAUUAGGUGGUGAUACUGAUACUAUUGGUUGUAUGGCUACUGCAUUAGCUGGUGGAUAUGUUGGCAUUCCAUUGGGCAGUAAUUCAACUAUACCAAGAAACAUUAUUACACUUUGUGAAAGUUAUGAAGAAAUUGAAGAAUAUGCUAUUUGGUUAAGUAACAAGCUACAAAUGAAGUGA